UUUUUGCUUCGAAAUCGUGAACCAAGUGUUCUCGAAAUGAAAAACGUUCUGGUGAAAGUCUUCUUUGGCUGUGUAUCAACCAUCGUCCUCAUCGUAUUGGCUACUGAGCUGAGAAAAUACCCGGAUGCGUUGUCUAAGUAUGGUCGCUUCAAAUACAUUCCAAAAAGUCUUUCAGACAUUUCUAUUGAACUCGGCUCCAACGGUAAUCGAUCGAAUGACAAUGAAGAGCUAAAGGCAAAUGUUUCACUUAAGGAUGAAGGAAAAACGGAUGUAUCAGUUGGUGCCUGGUUAGAGAGACAAGCUCUCCGACAACAGCUCCUGCGGGACGAGUGUAGCAAGAACACAUCACUGAAAUUAAAUCUGACUCACAUCAUACAUAAUAAGAAAGGAUUGCUAUGGCCUUACAUUGUCGACGAUAAGUACAGAAUAAUGUAUGGCUUUAUAUCGAAGGUCGGGUCGACUCACUGGAAGAGCGCGUUUCUCGUUCUGAAGGGAAAAUUUAAAACUGUUGAGGAAAUACCCGGAUGGAGGGCGCACGAUCCGAGCUUGAAGAAACUCGAUGAGUACAGUCCGGAGGAGAUCAAAUACCGUCUGAAUAGUAAUUACACCACCUUCAUGUUCGUACGUGAUCCUCUUGCGCGCAUCCUUUCCGCGUACAGGAACAAACUUGAAGAGGACAAUAAAGUGUUCCAGAAGUCCUACGGACGAAGAAUUAUCGAACGCUACAGGGACAACCCAUCCAAAGAGGAACUUGAAACUGGGGUCGGCGUGACGUUUGCGGAGUUUGUUCGGUUUAUCACAGAUAAAGAGGCGAAGAACAACAUGGAUGGACACUGGAAGCCGAUCUAUCAAAUGGUUCUUCCGUGUACUAUGCAUUAUGAUUACAUUGGUAAGUUGGAAACUGGGAAAGAAGACUCGGAGAACAUCUUAAGAUACCUGAAGAUCGAUCACAUUGUUCACUUCAGAGAAUCAUCCAGGAACACGAGCAAUACCGAAGAAAUAUUCACCAAGUAUUAUAAAACGAUUUCGAAAGAAUAUCUCCUUAAAUUGUACGAGAUUUACGCCCCCGAUUUCAAACUCUUCGGUUACUCCAUGAAUGACGAUUUAACGCAACGAAAUAAUCCCCUGCUGAAUUAAAGGCAUUGGGGUUUUUGCUAGAUGACGUAAGACGAAUUCAAGAACAUAGAAAACGUAUUGUCAAAUGCCCUUCAUAACACAGAGUAGCCAAAAAGUCUUUGUCGAAAAUUUGUGGGAAAAAAACGGCAGUUUUGUUCCCGACUCGGGACAAACGACAUAAAAAAAAAUUUGCCAUUUUUCGUCAGCUCCGGAACUAAAGACGAAACUACUGUCCUGGUUCACCAAUUUGCGACAAAGGCCCCACAACUGUUUUUUGUUUUUAGACGGGCACUUCCAAUACAUAUGUGUUCUUGAAAGAGUUUGCGAUCUGGUGCGAAAAAAAUCCCUAUUAUUUUUCAAGGGAUGCUAAUUCUCAUUAAAUAAAUUCGAAGUAGGUCUUAAUCUGUAACAUAAAAUGUACUGUCCACAUGACCCUGGGAAGCGGGGUUUCUGGGGUGCUGAAGAACCCUCAAACUUUUACUUCGGGGGUGCUGAGUGUAUUAUUUUCCAUAGGCAGCACCCCCUGGAAAUCUGGUAUGAUAAAUGACAGAAAUGUAAUGAAAAUGAACGAUGUUUCGUAGGACCCCCCACACACACACACUUCAGAAUUUCAUACUGAUUUUUAUGAGAAAAAAUAUUUAGAAUGCCCAGAUUCUAGGUAUAAAUCUAAAAACGUGCACGCAUGUUUAUUCAGAUACGCAGCUUUUUUUCAAGCAUGCUUGAAUUAUAAAGUUUCAGAUCAGAAUGUCAAAAUUUUUCUGCUCGCGCUUCUCGCUCAAAUUAUAAAUGUAUAUAGGAAGAUACCCAAUUUCAGAUCCUUUUCCUGAUUUACGUAACAUGAAUAGAGUGUCCUGUCUUAGGUCUGAAUUUCAAUUUCCGCGCUUCGCGCUCGCAUCAAUUGUACGUAAUGGGGCCGCGGAAGCGGGGAGGGCUUCAGCCCCCACCCCCACAUUUAAAAAUGACCAUAUAAUUGUGAUGUUUUGCAUGGUCAGCCCCCCACACACUUUUGGCUCAGCCCCCCCCCCCUUGAAAACCAUUCGGCGGCCCCUGCCGUAUAGUUAUAUACCUAUGUGUGCAUGAUUAGAAAAGUGCUUAGAAUGUCCCAUUUUUAGGUCUGAAAUCUCAAUUUUGUUUCCACUCGCGCUUCGUGCUCGCAUCAAUUGGAUAGGGAUAUACAUAUCUUGUUCAUGUAACUUCUGAAUGUUUCCAUGGCGAAAAAUAAUAGUGUAGUAGGUUUCAUGGUACACCAUGUGUUGGUCAUGAAAAGGACCACCCAAUCUCGACGUUUCGAAAAGUGUGUUCUUGUUGUUCUCAUUCUCCUGGCCAGUCCUGGGACGACAAGAACACACUUGUCGAAACAUCGAGUUUUGGUGGUCUUUUUUUCAUGACCAACACCCAAGAAAGAUACUUGGUGUACCGUGAAACCUACUUCACUAUGCUGUUCAUGAUUACAAAAAAAUGCUUAGAAUGUCCAGUUUUUACCGAGGUCGAAAUGUAAAAAAAAAUCAGCUCGCGCUUCGCGCUCGCAUUAUUAGAUAGUUGAAAUAUGUAUAUUUUUCAUGGGUAACUGCAAACAGUCCUUAAACAGGUCCCUUUUCGAUCAGGCCAGAACGUGUAUUAAAAAUUUCUGCUCGCGCUCUCACUAUUUAUUUUUAUAUCUAUGUUAUUUUAUAAAAAUAGAGCUAAGAAGUGACUGUCAUGCUACAUAUAUUUGUAUUCAUAUAUAUACAUGUAUAAUAAAAAUUUAUUAUAUUUAAAACUUGGACUUUAAA